GCGAAGUGUGGUUGCGCGAAAAAAUUUCUUGACGUCGCAAAAAUCUACAAUAACUUGCAAUAAAUGCUUUAAAACGCAAUUGAAGCGUACGCAAACCAGUGACAAACGCUGAACGUACAUGGCGUAACGGCUAAACUAUUGAAAUUCCUCGGGAGCAGCAAAAAACAGCGCUGUUAAGUGUACAAUAUUACCUGACGACCACACACACAAACACGCACACGCAUACACAAGCAUACACUCCUACACACACACACAGUCACAUACGCUCGUAUAUACACAGACGCACGCAGUUUCACUUGGCCUCCCUCCCUCCCUUGAGCCACCCAAUCGCAUCGAUGAAAUAACAUACAUAACGCGUAUACCGAAAAUACAUAAGCUUGCUUGGCUGAAAUAACGGAGAAGCAAAAAAGCACAAAAAGAAAAAAAACGCAGGUAAACAGAGAUAAGAAAACAGACAGCGAGAGUGUCACAGCAGCAGUUACAAAUACAUAGAUACAGAUACAAACGCAGGUAUCUGCAGCAGCACACAACAACAACAAACAGCGCCAGUGAAACAUGUCCGACAUCAUGAACAUUGACAGCAUUAUCUCGCGCCUGCUGGAAGUGCGUGGCGCACGUCCAGGAAAAAAUGUGCAACUCUCAGAGGGGGAAAUACGGAGCUUGUGUCUGAAAUCGCGCGAAAUAUUCCUAUCACAACCGAUACUGCUGGAACUGGAAGCGCCGCUCAAGAUCUGCGGCGAUAUACACGGACAAUACUAUGAUCUGUUGCGUCUGUUUGAAUAUGGCGGAUUUCCGCCAGAGUCGAAUUAUCUAUUUCUGGGUGAUUAUGUGGAUCGUGGCAAGCAAUCCUUGGAGACGAUAUGUCUGCUGCUGGCAUACAAAAUCAAAUAUUCGGAGAAUUUCUUUUUGCUGCGCGGCAAUCACGAAUGCGCCAGUAUCAAUCGCAUCUACGGGUUUUACGAUGAAUGCAAGCGACGUUACACCAUCAAGCUAUGGAAAACUUUUACGGAUUGCUUCAACUGUUUGCCCGUUGCAGCAAUUGUGGAUGAGAAGAUCUUUUGCUGUCACGGCGGCCUGAGUCCUGAUUUGUCGUCCAUGGAGCAAAUACGUCGCAUUAUGCGGCCCACGGAUGUACCAGAUCAGGGCCUGUUAUGCGAUCUCUUGUGGUCCGAUCCCGACAAGGAUACUAUGGGCUGGGGUGAAAAUGAUCGCGGUGUUAGCUUCACAUUUGGAGCAGAGGUUGUGGGCAAAUUUCUACAGAAGCACGAAUUCGACCUCAUUUGUCGGGCUCAUCAGGUUGUUGAAGAUGGUUACGAGUUCUUUGCCAAACGGCAGCUGGUCACACUCUUCUCAGCACCAAAUUACUGUGGCGAAUUUGACAAUGCGGGUGCCAUGAUGUCGGUUGACGAAACAUUAAUGUGCUCCUUUCAGAUAUUGAAACCCGCCGAUAAACGACGAUUUGUUUAUCCAAACUUUGGCAGCUCAGGGCGUCCCCUAACACCGCCCCCGCGGCGCUAACAAUAAGAAUAAGAAAAAAUAAGCAACAACAAUAAUUUACAACAGCAGUAGCAACAACAACAGUAACAAGAAACGGCCACACAAAAAUGAAUACCAAUUAAAUGCGCAAAUUGUUUGUUUUUUAUCGAAUAUGUGUAAUCGAAUCGUGAGCAACGUUAGAAGGGUAUAGAAAUUCAUACAAAUUAGCCUAUUUUUCAUUUUGGAAAACAAAAAAAAAGGAAAAAUUACACAUAUACACACACACACUCUCACAAAUUGAGACACUUUAGUUCAAACUAAUUGUAGUGUUAAACACUGCAUAAGCAUGAAUAUCUCUUAAUGUAUUAAUUUUAUUUUGUUAUAGUUUUCCUUGCGCAAUGCGAACACAUUUAUAAACCUCAAUCACAAGCACCCCCCCAAUACACAUACACGUACAGUAGGUACAAAAAGAAUGCACACAUACACGCAGAAGCAAAAGUUGUAUUUAUCGCAUUUUAUCUUGCAUAGCAUUUUCUCUUUUCGGUUUUUUUUUGCAUAGCACAACUACCAAGGCAGAGAGCACAAACUUCUCUUCACAAUUCAUAUUGUUUUAUUCAAUUUCUAGCAAAGGGUAAAAUGUUGUUUUUAUAAUUAUUUUUUUGAAUUUAAAUCGAAAGCUUUUGAUAUAUGUGUGUGAAAUGAAAAGUAUGUACGGUAUUUUAAGCGCAAUUUAUUUUUUUAUAUUAUAUUUUAUUCAUGAUUAAAAUUCUACUAAAUGUUUACUUAGUUUUAAACGCCAAGCAAAUUUAGCUCGAAGGUACAUAAGUUUCACAAUUGUUUACACCAAAAAUAUUAAAAUAAACAACAAAAAUUGUGUAUAUUUUUAACUUGUAUGCGUUGACGAUUAAAAAUAUGUAACACACGAACACAUACACAAAACGUGCAUAUAAAAAUCUGAAAAUGCAAAAAAAAACAAAAACGAAAUCGAAAAUACAAA